AUAAUAAAGAUAAUAAAGAUGAAUCUGAAAUUAUCCUUAGUCAACCUAAAGCUAAUCUUGCUCAAUCAAUCUUUAAUUUUUGCAAUGUUUUGAUGGGUAUUGGAAUCCUUUCAUUGCCUCUCGCAUUUAAAUAUUCAGGAUGGAUUAUUGGAUUUUCAUUAUUAGUUUUCUGUAUGGGAGUUACAAAUUAUGCUGCAAGAUUAUUAAUAAUAUGUUUAGAAUAUAAAGGCGAACAUAAAGACGAACAUAAAGACAAACUAUAUACAUAUCCUGAUAUAGCCGAGGUAGCAUACGGAAAAGUUGUGAAAUUGGUUAUACUUGCUUUAUUUGGAUUAGAACUAAUUUUAAUGGCAGUUGCUUCAGUAAACCUAAUUGGUGAUUGUUUAAACACGAUAUAUCCUGACAUAUCUAUUGUAUCUCUAAAAAUUAUUUCUUGGAUGGUGUUAGUACCAUUAACAUUAAUUGACAUUAAAUAUCUCUCAUAUGUAUCAUGUCUUGGAAUAUUAUCAUCAAUAGCAUUGGUGUUUGUAAUAAUAAUUGAUGGGUUUACAAAGCAUACUCAACCUGGAAGCUUACUCAAUCCUGUGAAAACUGAAUUAUUGCCUAUCACAUUUACAACCUUAAAUUUGAGUUUUGGAUUAAUAAUAGCUGGAUUUGCAGGACAUGCAGUAUUUCCUUCAAUAUAUAUAAAUAUGAAAGAUCCUACAAAAUAUCCGACAACGGUAAACGUGUCGUUCGCCAUUAGUACUGUGGUUUAUAUUUUAAUAUCCGUGUGUGGUUACUUAAUGUUUGGAAAUGAUGCAAUGUCAGAGGUGUGCGAUCCACACGCUGGAUGUUUCAUUUUUAUACGUUUCUUGUCACGUACAAUAAUAUCAACUGCGAUUGUAUUAAUCGCAAUUGUGUUUCCAAAUUUUGAAAAGUUAAUAGAAUUGUUAGGUAGUUUUUUAUUUUACAAUCUUUCUGCCGCUUUUCCAU